CUCUCUCUCCCUCCCUAUCUCUAUCUUUCUCUCUCUCUCUUUCCUCCUCCUCCUCCUCCUCCUCCCCCUCCCCUUCCGCGAGGCUGCGGGUCAGCGCGAGCCCACUGCGGCGAAACCGUCGUCGGCAACAACCACAGUAAUAAUAAUAAUAAUAAAAAGGAGGGGCGGCGGCGGCGGCGGCGGCUCUUGAGGCAGCGCUUGCGAAGGGACCGAGGAGCGUGAGGGAAAAGAGGCGGAGGAGGAGGAGGAGGAAGGAGGAGAGAAGAGGAGGAGGAAGACGACGACGACGAGGAGAAGAAGGCCGGCACUCGGCGGUGGAUUCGGCUGCGGGGAGGCUCUCGACAACCCGCCACCAUGCAGCAACGCCAGGCAGGUCCAACACCAGUACCAGGCAGGUCCGGCACCAGCAAGCAGCCGCACCAUUCUUCUGGAAAUGAGGCAAGCUACCCACUGGAAAUGUGCUCACAUUUUGAUGCAGAUGAGAUCAAACGAUUGGGAAAGAGGUUUAAAAAGCUUGAUUUAGAUAAUUCUGGUUCUCUGAGUGUGGAAGAGUUCAUGUCUUUGCCUGAGUUACAACAGAAUCCACUGGUACAACGAGUAAUAGAUAUAUUCGAUACAGAUGGGAAUGGAGAGGUAGACUUCAAAGAAUUUAUAGAAGGAGUCUCUCAGUUCAGUGUCAAAGGUGACAAGGAACAGAAGUUGAGGUUUGCUUUCCGUAUCUAUGACAUGGACAAAGAUGGCUAUAUCUCCAACGGGGAGCUCUUCCAGGUUCUGAAGAUGAUGGUUGGGAACAAUCUCAAAGAUACCCAGUUGCAGCAAAUUGUAGACAAAACCAUAAUAAAUGCAGAUAAAGAUGGUGAUGGAAGAAUAUCCUUUGAGGAAUUCUGUGCUGUUGUAGGAGGCCUAGAUAUCCACAAAAAGAUGGUGGUAGAUGUGUGACUCUUUAGGACACCACCCAACACUUUUGCUUUCUUCUCCAUCUCUGAAGAUCUGCUCAAGACGUCCAGCAACGCUCUCUGUGUAUUUAAAUGGAAGUAUUUUUCUCUGUGAAGCCACAUUUUCCAACAUGAGCCUCAUGAAGCCAACUAAGUGUUAUUGAACUUUUAUUCUCUCAAUAACUCAAGUGUAGCACUUUAAAGUCUGAAGGACAGCAAGAUGGGAAGAGCAUAUCAGUGUGGUGGAGAAAGGGAAGGGGGUUGGCUUUUUAAUUUAUUUUUCUCAUCUUUUAUAACAAGAAAAUAUCUAUCUAUAUAUAUGUGUGUAUUUAUAUAUAGAUAUAUAUGUAGCUUUCUAUAUGUAGUAGUUAAGUGGGCUUUAAUUUAAUAUACUUGAUUCAGAAACAAAAAUAGAGUACAAAGUGCCAAGCAGAACAUUAACACUUCAAUAUAUGGAUAUACAUCUUUACUUUUAUGUCACACAGUUUUAUAUAUAUAUAGUAGAAGAAUGUAAAGUUUUAAAUGGUUGUUAGGUCAACUCUUUCCUUUUUCCUGUGACUAUUUCAAAUAUUUAUAUAUUGACUGGCAGAGAAAGCAUUGUUUCCUGUUAAUUUCCCUAAUUACAUUUUUGUAAGACAGGAAACUGAAGUUUGUUUAUAUACCUGUUGAUAUAUUACCAGGGACUGCAUCUUUGCUCGAUAGCUCUCAGUACAGUUCUACUUAUUAGGAUGAGAAAAUGUAAUUUAAUGUUAAUGCCAAGAACUAGUCCUUGUGUGCAAAUAGGAUUUAAAAGAUGCUUAUGGCCAUUUCAUCCCUUCACUUACUAAAUGGAUGCAGUUGUACAUAAUAUACCCUUAGUAAGCAUCAGCUGUGAUCCAUUAAGUCUAGAUAGAACAGUUGAAAGUAUUUGCAUUUGUUUCUCAGCACUUAGCUUAAUUAAGAAUUUAGGAUUAACAAGACAAUUGUAUAGCGUUCCCAUUGCACAGUGAGACUAUAAAACCUUUCUUGCCAUUAAGUUAUGUCCCAACCAUAUAGAUUCUUUUAUGCAUUUAAUGUAGUAGUUCCAAGUUGCAUAAAUAAACUGGUAAUAUUUUAUAUAUGUGUAUAUAGGAUUAUUACGGAUAUUACGGGGGAAACAUUAACCAAUGCCAUAGGGAAGGAGGAAAGCUUCACUUUAUCUAAAUUUAUACCUCUUGUUCUUCUCCAGCAUUUGGAGAGGGUUUUUCUUUCUCUAGAUUUGUCCAUAUCAUGACUUGUAAUGGAUAGUAACUUUAUAUGUGUGAUAUAAAAGUAGCGAGCCAUGUUCUACAACUUUAUAUCAUCCCUUUCCUUUUCUGCAAUGGUACUAUUGGCUAGAAGAAAAA